AUGACAACUGACAUAGAACUCCAGGAGUUCAUUCAAAUUAGACCUGCUGAAGCUGCCGUGUUGGAAAAUACAACGGAUAAUCCUACAACAACGCCGCUUCCAGCAGUGAAGGCUCACAUCUCGCCUUCAAAAUCGUUUAACCAGCACAUAAUUGAAAGAACAAAGAAAACCACCACCAAGCAGCCGAACAGUCAAACUGGUAUCAAAAUACCGAGCGACAAUUGGCAGUGGAAAUGGAUAAGAGUCAGAAACUGCGAGAACUUCUUCAUCAAGACGAGGAACUUCUAA